UGGUUGUUAAUAUAACAACAGGUCAGGCAGUCUGGCACUCCAGCAGUCCUCCAGCAGACAGGCAGCAGAGCGAGGUGCCCAAAGCCUUUGCCCUGGAGCCCAUCACGCAGCCAUGCUCACAAGAGCACAGGGCAUAGAAAGCGCUGGAAGGGCGUGGAGCAAGGAGGACCCACGUUAAUUAUUACCCGCGGCGGCCGGAUCUCUGCCCCGCCCCCGCGGUGGCCUGCUGCCUGCCGACCGCUUCUGCCUCUCUGCCGCCACCUGCUACCCGGGCUGGACAUGGCUGGCAAGGCACACAGGCUGAGUGCUGAGGAGCGGGACCAGCUGCUGCCAAACCUAAGGGCCGUGGGAUGGAAUGAGCUGGAAGGCCGAGACGCCAUCUUCAAGCAGUUCCAUUUUAAAGACUUCAACAGGGCUUUUGGCUUCAUGACCAGAGUGGCCUUGCAGGCUGAGAAGCUGGACCACCACCCCGAGUGGUUUAACGUGUACAACAAGGUCCACAUCACCUUGAGCACCCACGAGUGUGCUGGUCUCUCGGAACGGGACAUAAACCUGGCCAGCUUCAUUGAACAAGUCGCUGUGUCUAUGACGUAGAUCUGCCCCUUUCCGUAUUUCCUGAGGGUGGGGGGUGACUGAACAAGGAACCUAGGGAGGGAACCAAGGAGGCUGGCCCUUCGUCCCUGCGGCUUGAAGUGCACACCACCUCCCUCCACUUCGGGAUGAGUCCCUGUGCAGAAAGAUGUCGGUGUCAAUGACAACAGCAGGAACUGAGACCUUUCCCUGUGUCACUCUGCUCAUUGGGACUCUUGUCCUUUUACCCUAAUUUGAAUAGGGUCUUCCUUUCUCCAUAGGCUUCCCAGUAGCUGUAGUGUUCUUUCCAGGCUGUAUCUUGCUCCUGGUCCACCCUUUCUAGUUCGUUUUCCAAGUGUCGGUGUUAAAGUAUGACAUAAAGUUCAAUCUCAGACCCCACAACUAAAACAAGCCCCACUGUAUUGUAGAAACAUGCUUUUAUGCCUCCAAUAAAACUAUGCUGUCCAUUG